AUGUAUGAAUUUUUAUCAACAUUACGAACGACAUUUAGUAAUUAUUAUGAUAAUAGUAAUACAAUAUAUUUAACCAAAAGUCAAAUUGACAUAUUAAACAAUAAAUUUUCAUAUUAUCCUUCUUCAAUAAUUAGAGAUGUAAUUGUUACUAAAUUAGUUAGUGAUAUAUCAUUACAAGGUCAAUUAUUUAAGAAAUUAACCAUUUCAAGCAUUGGAACUUCAGCAAAUUUAUCAAACACAAUGUAUUUUAUUAUUAAUAAAUUGAAUGAAUCUAAAACUGAAGAUUUAUUAAUUAAUAGUGCUAAAAAUAAAAAUAAUGAUGAUAUCAGAAUUUGGGUUGAUUCAGAACUCAUGUUGAGUGAGGUUAUGAUGAAAUGUGACCAGAUGAAAAGUGAGUAUGCUGAUAUUACCAAGAAUUUAAAUACAAUCCAACGUCUUUUACAAGAAAGGAAAACUGGAAUUAUUGAGGAAGAAAAGAAAUUAGCACGAAAGAUUAAAGAAAGUCAAUAUCGCGGAAUUAAAUCCGGUUUUUUAAAAGGCCUAGGGUUAGGAACAGUUACUGCCAUCCCGAUAUAUAUAUACAUUUCACCUUUUGAUUGUGGAAUAAUAUGGAUUACUACAGUUGUGAUGGGUGUGGUUCUAGGAGCUACUCUUAAUGAAAAACGUGAUAAAAAACAAGAAAAGGCUUUAUUAUUAAAAGAAGAUCUAAAACAUAUUGACUCUAUUGUUGUUGAUGUUAAAGAAAUUAAAAAAAGUGUAGGUGUAUUUGAAAAUUAUUGGUUAAAUCAAUUCAAUUUAGUUGGUGAUUCUAGGAAUUCAAUCAUUGCUAAUAUCACGAAUAACAAUAACAAAAACAAUUAUGAUAAAUUUUCAAUUUUAAAAUCUUGGAUUCAAGCAAAAAAAGAUUUUGAUGAUUAUCAAACAAACUGUAAGCAAUUUACACAAUAA